CUAAAUCUGAUUUUAAUAAAACAAUAAAUACAACAAAAAUGCAAAAUGUGGUCAAAGAUAACGAUUUGACUAUUUGUCGGCACAAGAAUUGUCACAGUCUUUGUGUUACCGAUAGUAUUGAUUCUGUACUUAACUAUAGAAAUGGUAGUAUUUAUGCCUUUAAAGGCAACUUCUUUUGGCCGAUUCUCGACACAAGUGUAUCACCGACUGAACAAACGGCUAAAAAAAUUAGUGAUUAUUGGAAUCCAAAUAAUAAUUCAAAAUCAUUAUUCUUGGGACCCAUUGAUGCAGCGCUUAAAGAUGAUAAUGGAUUUACUUAUUUGUUUAAAUUAAACACAGUCUAUACUUUUAAAGAGUUUGARUUUAUUGGUUCACAAAAAGUGGAUGCAUUUAAAUCUAUUGAUUCAAUUUUGAUGACUAAUUUCUCCAAAGACUAUCAUAUGGUUUAUAUAUUCAAAGACAACAAUUAUUGGCAAAUAUUUCCAAUUUAUAAGAUGUAUAACUGGACUGAAAUGGGAGACAUUUACCAAAAAAUGAAUGUUAAGAGAAUUCAUAGGAGUUUUCCCGUUAAUAUCGACGCCACGUUUGAAGACAAUGACAAUAAUGUUAUUUUAAUUAGUGGUGAAAACUAUAUGAAAAUUGAAUCCAAUAAAUUUACUACUGCAAUUCAAGAGUCGGACUUUGAGAUGAAAUUUAUAUAUAAAGAUAUAUUAAAUUGCAAAAAAUCAUUUUAUAAUCAAACUAUUUAUAGAAAUUAUGAUCAAUUUAUUGUAUCAUUGAUUACUGAAAAGUUUGGAUUUCCUAAACAGUUGAGAAACGAACCGUUGGCCGUCCAAUGUGUUGAUAAUCAAUCGGCAAAACAAACAAACAAUUGGUCCAAAACAUUGUAUUAUGAGAGACUUAUUAUACACUUAUCCACAAACUAG